GCUUGCCCUAAUAGCACUUACAUCGAAGGAAUCUUGGUUUUACAUCGCAUUCAAAGCACGUGAAGCAAUCAUAGCAAAAACAACUUGCUCAGGGUAUAUUUACACGUUGUUUCAUGAUUAUGUUAAAACUGUUCAUAUCAGAAAUGAAAGGCGCAUGGACUUGUUCCUAUUCAGUGGCGCUAUUUUUAGCAAGUACCAAAAUAUCCUAUCAGAAUCGCCGCGUAAUAUUUGUAUGUCAUUGUCAGGUAUCUUUAUCAGUGUAUACUCUACGAAAGGUAAGGGGCUGUGUUUUUAUAUGUCUGUUUACGGCAGCCUCCAAUGCAUUUUGUACACAAACACCUGGCUAUUCUUCCGACAGCCUCCAAUGCAUUAUGCAUACAAACAACUGGCUCUCAAUUUUCUUUUUUUGAUACUUAAUCCUAAGCCUAAGCCUAACACUUACCCGAAACUUACCUCUAACACUAACCCUAACCCUCACCCCAAACACUAAUCCCAAAGUAACCCACUAAUCAUUUGUUUAAUCGCUAAAAUCGCCGAAAAUCCUAACGUUAAGGUAUCUCAAGCAGAUCUUUCUUUAAGCAUUAUUUUGUAGGCGACGAGAUAACUUUCAUCUUUCAGAAAAGAGUAUUGCCACAUAAUGACCGAAUAUAGACACUGACAGACGGGUUAUAGCUCAAUCCGGCGCUUCAUUGCCCAGUUUUUGCGAUGGAUGGUUGCCAGACGAAAACCAUUUAUUCACGAAAAUUGAAACAAGGAGUAUCACGCAAAUUCAGAAUAGAUGUAGUUUGUUAUAGACGUACAUUGAACUGCAGUUUGACCGACGAAAUGCUUUCCUCAACAUCUCCGGAGAUUCGAGACGAAACAAAACUCGUGAAGGCAGGUAGUCCUUGGGUGGCCAUCAAACUACUUGAGCUGUGGAUAUAAAAUGAUGACCAACGCCUGGAUUUGAGUAGAACAAGCCGCGGUACGUUGAAGUUGGAACUAGACAUGGAUUGAGACUGCCGCGAGCUGACAAAAAACAAAACUUGGCGCUGUGUGAAAAUGCUGGUCUUUAUGACAUCAAUGGUUACAUGAAAAACAUACCAUGUGCUCUUGUUGAAUAUUGCACCGUCAUUCUCCAAGCGGAUCAUAGGCUAUUCACAGUGACUCUGCCAAACGUAGACUUCCAUUUGAAGACGUAAUCACGGGCGAAUGAAAAUACCAGAAUGAAUAUACUCAACGCCCAAUUAAUUGAUAUCCAGCCGACAGACAAUGAACACAAAAUAGUAGUAUGUGUACUGUCUGUUCGAAGAGGUUGAAUCUGGAAAUCAAGGGCUUGUCGAUCGCCAAGGUUGUGGUAGUUCUACUUCAGUGUUGGCAGUCACGGAACUAUCGCGAAUAACUCUUUUUCCGGGUCUGGCUGCACAGGAGUACACUCGUUUGCUCUGCACUUGGAUGUGUUCCUCUCCAAGGAGUGUUCCACCUCCAAGGCAGGAUCAGCGUUUUUACGUGCCACUACGGUUAGACGCCAGCUGGGUUUCGUGAUUCCGUCUACGGCCGGAGGUAGAGUCCACGCAAACUACUCAAGUUUCUCACAGCGUUCAGGUUUUGCUAGAACUGACAUAGACACCAGAUACAAGGAACCUCGGUUUUGCGUCGCAUUCGAAGUUCCUUGAAAACCACACCGGUUCAUCCAUGAAUACAAUCCUGGUUCUAUCUGGGAUUGAGAAAGGAUCUGAUAUUUCCGUUCAGGUAUCUUGCUAGCUCUUACAUAGACACCAGAUACAAUGAAUCUCGGUUUUGCGUCUCAUUCGAAAGAAUGGGAAACACAGGAAUUAUAGUUCCUGAAACCACCCCGGUUCAUCCAAGAAUACAAUCCUGGUUUUAUCUGGGAUCGAGAAAGGAUUUUAUCACGUAGUAGCCAGUAGUGUUAACCGCUAUAGGCUAUGAGGCUCCUCGCUGACCAGUUGAGAUCUGCUUGCUAUGACAUUAAAAUGACCGAUAUGGCAAUCCUAGAACCGUUCAUCGGCAGUCUUUUGGUCAUAUCUGGUUUGAGGUGUGCUGUGUUGUGUCUUGGAAUUCGAGGAUGCAGGUCCAUGGCAACGUGCCCUAGUGGCAACAAAAGCCUGUGCCAGAUGGACAAUAGAAACCUUCCGAUUGCGGAAGAUGAUAUUCAAACAGGUUGCAAGGUGUUUAAGCGAAGGUGUGACACAAAAGUAUACAAGAAGGGACCGCCAGCCUUCAUCAAACCCCCGGUAACUCUCAAUAAGAAAUAUGAUGCAAUGGCAAUGAAUUUAGAGUACGAUAUGGCUGUAUUCUGGUUUGAUGGCAUGAAGGAGGCAGAUAACGUCUUGAUUUACGUGUACCGUGAAGAAGACAACGCUUUUCGAAUCCAAUCAAGUAUAUUCAUUCAUGGCCGACCAGAGGCUCUCUUUAACGGUUUUGACGCGGCGAGGAUGUGGCUGAUUUUCGCCAAAGAACCCGGAGCAAGAGGUCAGGUACACAUUAAGCUGUUGUGUUAUGAUUUAAAAAAUAACGGUCAACUCAAACACACCAUAGUUUUGCCGAAAGGUAACCCUUGCGCUCGUAAAAUGGGACUAAAAGGAACUCGGAUCAGUCUCAGUGGAAAUGUCGCUAUGAUCAGCUGCCGAGAAGGUAAAAAAAUGAGGACAGUUAGCAUCUAUAACUUGUCGUACGACAAACCUAUUGUCCAAGUAUUCAACCGAGGGCACAUCCUGGAUAGUUCGUUGCUCUGCCUGAAGGGAUACAAAGGAUAUGGCACAUAUUAUACCCUCAACCGAAACUUUUUCGUGCAUGGUAUGUAUCGCAAGGAUUCAACUGUAAGGUUAUGCUUCUCUUCCGGGAAGUAUGCUAACAGAUUAUUUGUGGGGAGUCUUACGCGUUAUGAUUAUCCUCAAAAGAAUGAAAACAUAAAGGACCCUAACCAUCUCCUUUUCGUCCGAGUCCCAGGAGGACGCAGCAAGGGACGCAGCGGCGGUAGUGUGUCAUCGAUUACCGAGGUCCAUGGCAUCGCCGCAAACGGGGUCGUAUAUUUUACGGAGCUCUACCUAAGACCCUCUCCAAGCCUCUCGCGUGACUUUGCCGAGAACACUGCCAUAAGCCAUUGCGAUGAAAUACUCACAUUCGUCAAAGAGCAUGGCAGAAGGAAACAAAUCCACUUCCGAAAAGUUAAUCGAUAUCUUGCGGUUCGUUGAGGUAGAGGAACUUGUCGUAAACUUGAUCGGUCUUGCAUCUCCCCGAACACUUCACUGCACUUCUCCGCGCAGUUCGAAGCGACGUGAGUAUGGGCCGUUGGCCACAAUGCUCUUUAUAAUGAUGAAUUAAGUGAUAAUAUCCCAUAUAUAAAGUCCCACAAAAAUAGGUGCCUGUUAACCGGAUACUGACUAAAUCACGAGAAUACCCAAAGAAUGCAAAAUGCAGUUAUCUUAGUUCAUAAUUUCACUUUAUGGUGGCAGAACUUGUUUCCUUAAGUCCUGCCGCCUGGGAGGCAAGUGAUGAACUAAAAUAUUUCUGUCAGCAAUACUUUUUUGGUUACUAGUGUCGAUAUCCAUGUAUCUGGUUAACGUAUUUGACGUAUUAGAGAUAUUUAUCGAUGACAUUUAAAAAAAGUAAUGUCCCGAUUUCUCUUUAGGAGAUGAUUUACGAGUGUAAGUCCCCUAAAUAAUUUAGCCCCUGAUUUGAUGACACGGCAUUUCGAAUUUCAAACUCGCUCGCUCGUAGGUGUCGUGAAACUGGCCCACAUAUAUUAUCUGGGAAAUCUGGGAAAUUUUAUAAAAUAAAUGACAUUACUUCGUUAUUCGUCGCCCAUAGAUCGUCGAUAGCUUUGUGAAGCCUGCCCAUAUCAAACCAUGUAUCACACUAGAUAUAACAAUAUACAAGUAUAUCAUUCUGAACUUCCAGUGAUAUUGCCUCCGUAGCCUCGGCGUGUUGUCUGGAAGCUGAGCAAUGUCAAUACAUUGAGGGCCAAGAUGAUUUAUAUGGGAAGCAACUGCUUUUUUGCAGCCGUUGGUAUUGGACUGUCGUCUGACCAUAGCAAUAACAGAUACAUUGCAUGGUGUUCAUCGUUGUGCAGACGGGACGUCCAUUAUCAUGUAUACAUUCUCGACAAUUUCUGAUAGAAGUGCCAGCUACUUCUUUGCCCUCUUGCAGUGUUCACUGAGCCAGCCUAUUCUCUCUCAGGCUGCCAUUAUUGGCCGCAAAUGUUGUGACGUCAUUUCGGUAUCAUAACUGUAGGUCGAAGAUUUCAGUUCUAAAUCUCAUGUGUCACUUUUUUAGUUUGUAAAUGGCAAUCGAAUGACUUUAAUAUGCAGAGCAACAAUGCCCCUUCUUGCAUAUAAAACCAGGGUAAGUCCGA